AGCGAAAAGCAUUUCCUCGGUAAAAAUUCGUAAAUUUUCACACAUAUUGCUGAAAAAUAUGUUAAAUAAGUCCCUUUGAGCGCCAAGGAAGUGAAGAAGAUUCAAGGAAAAGUCAAGUUUUGGAAGGAAACCAAGGAAAUUAUCAGAAACCGGCAACAUGUUUUCAAUUUGCAAGCAAACACAUCCCGCUACAGGCAUUGAACACUCGAUAACAUGCCAUUUCUUCAACAAUGUCGAAGAAUCUUUGGUCACAGCGGGUGCUAACAUCCUCAAAGUGUACCGAAUGCGACCGGAUGUCGAUCCCUCAACGAGCAACGAGAAGUAUUCAGACCUUCGUCCGCCCAACAUGCGAUUGGAAUGUCUCGCCACCUAUACUCUAUUUGGCAACGUAAUGUCCUUGCAAUCCGUUUCUCUGACGGGAUCUCCUCGCGAUGCCCUGCUAAUCAGCUUUUCCGAUGCCAAAUUGUCCGUUGUGCAACACGACCCGGACACGUACGAGCUAAAAACCCUCAGUUUGCAUUAUUUCGAGGAAGAGGACAUCCGCGGCGGAUGGACCGGCAAUUAUCACAUCCCAAUUGUGCGAGUUGAUCCCGACAACAGAUGCGCUGUGAUGCUGGUUUAUGGCAGGAAACUCGUGGUGUUGCCGUUUCGCAAGGACACCGGCUUAGAUGAGAUUGAAAUUACGGACGUGAAACCGAUGAAAAAGACUCCGACGGCAAUUAUCACGAAAACGCCCAUUUUAGCGUCGUAUAUCAUCACGUUGAAGGACCUGGAUGAGCGAAUUGAUAAUGUCAUCGAUAUCCAAUUCUUGCAUGGGUAUUAUGAACCAACGUUGCUGGUGUUGUACGAGCCUGUUAGAACGUUCCCGGGUCGAAUCGCCGUUCGACAGGAUUCUUGCAUGAUGGUCGCUUUGUCGUUGAAUAUCCAACAAAGAGUGCAUCCGGUAAUCUGGAGUGUCCAAAAUUUGCCGUUCGAUUGCUUCAAAGCGAUUCCUUUGAAAAAACCGAUUAACGGAUGUCUCGUAAUGGCCAACAAUGCGUUGAUUUAUUUGAACCAAAGUGUCCCCCCAUAUGGAGUGAGUUUGAAUAGUAUUGCCGAUCACAGCACGGCUUUCCCGCUAAAACCUCAAGAUGGCGUCAAAAUAAGCUUGGAUUGCGCUCAAGUGGAGUUUAUUGAUAAUGACAAGUUGGUUCUGUCCCUCAAUAAUGGCGAGUUGUACGUUUUGACGCUUUGUGCCGAUUCAAUGAGAAGUGUGAGAAGUUUCCAUUUCAGCAAGGCAGCUUCCAGUGUCUUGACUUGUUGCAUCUGCGUCUGCCAGGAAGAGUAUCUUUUCUUGGGAUCACGUCUCGGAAACAGUCUUUUGCUGCAUUUCAAGGAAAAAGACGAAAGUACCGUCAUCACAAUCGACGACACCGAUGGCAUCGACAAAGAAAUCGUGAAACGCCCGCGACUCGAGCAAGAAGAAUUCGAAGUGUACGGCACCGGACAAAAAACUUCCGUGCAACUUACGAGUUAUGUGUUCGAAGUUUGUGACAGUUUACUAAAUAUCGGUCCAUUAUCACACAUGGCAGUCGGUUUGAGGAUGAUCGCCGACGAACAUGCCGAAGACACUCCCGAGGAAUCUUACGAAAAUAUCCACUUGGAGAUCCUAGCGGCAUCGGGACAUGCCAAAAACGGCGCCUUAACCGUUCUUCAGAGCUCGUUGAAGCCCCAAUCCAUCACGAGUUUCGAUGUUUCGGGGUCUCUGGAUGUCUGGACUGUCGUUGAUGAGUCCGUAAAACGACCGGAAAAUGGCGAAUCGAGUCACGCUUUCAUGAUUUUGACGCAGGACAACUCGACGAUGGUGCUGCAAACGGGACAGGAGAUCAACGAGAUACAAAAUACGGGAUUUGCGUGUAAUUUGCCGACAAUUCACGUGGGAAAUGUCGGAAAUAAUCGAUAUAUCGUGCAAGUGACGACGAAAUCCGUUAGAUUGCUGCAAGGAACGCGGAUAAUUCAAAAUAUUCCGAUUGAUGUGGGAUUUCCGGUGACAAGUUGUUCCAUUGCGGAUCCCUAUGUUUGUAUCCGGACCCAAAAUGGUCAAGUUAUAACGUUGGCGUUGCGUGACACGAAGGGCAUGAGUCGGUUAGCUGUCAAUAAAAACACAAUUUCAAGUUCGCCACCGAUUAUUGGCAUGUGUUGCUAUAAAGAUGUGUCCGGACUGUUCACUACGAAGAUGGAUCACAACAACGACUUCAAAAAUGCAUAUUCCUCGGGCUUUGGAGCGAUGAAAAGUGAAAAAGUGCUACUCAUCGAUGAUGAAGAAGACUUGUUAUACGGCGAAUCGGGCAACGCGAUGAAGAUGAAUAGCAUGGCAGACAUGGUCAUUAAAGCAACUAUCAAAAAUUCUGAUUGGUGGCGUCGAUUAAUGCAAGUUUUCAAGCCAACUUAUUGGGUUUUUGUGACUCGCGACAACGGAAAUAUGGAAAUUUACUCGAUGCCGGACCUGAAAUUGACUUAUUUAGUCAACAACGUCGGAAACGGGAAUCAUUUUCUCGCAGAUUCGAUGGAAUUUGUCCCAAUUAUUGCGCAAACGAAGAAAGAACCUGGUGUGGCAGCAGAACCUCAAGCCCCACAAGCGCCAAUAAAUUAUAAUAACGUGCCCGUGCAGGAAAGUACGAUGCCACGAGAGAUUUUUGUCGUCGGUUUGGGACAUUGUGGGUCGAGACCGUUGCUUUUCAUCCGUUUGGACAACCAAAUUCUCGUUUACGGCGUUUAUCGGUACGGAAAAGGACAUCUAAAGAUCCGUUUUGUCAAAAUUAAUCACGAUAUGUUGUACUACGAAGCACCAAAAAGUACCGUGGAAGAUCUCACAGAUGACGACACCUUUAAAACAUCGAAGAAAAAUGUCAUGAAAUUCAGAUUUUUCAAUAAUGUCGCCAAUAUGAGUGGUUUGGCGAUUUGUGGUGAACAAUCGUAUUUCGUAUUUAUGACGGCAAGAGGUGAACUUCGAACGCAUCGCUUGUACGCGAACAAUCCAAUGCGAACAUUUGCAGCUUUUAACAACAUCAACUGUCCAAAUGGGUUCAUUUACUUUGAUGACUCGAACACACUUCAAAUUUCGAUCCUUCCGACGUAUCUCACCUACGACUCGCACUGGCCCAUUCGGAAAAUUCCCAUGAGAUGCACGCCAGGUCACGUGGUUUAUCAUAACGAGCAUAAAGUUUACUGCGUUUGCUUGAAUCAUCAAGAAGUUAGUAACAAAUAUUUCCGAUUUAAUGGCGAGGAUAAGGAAUCGACGGAGGAAAAUAAGGGAGAACGAUUUGUGUAUCCGACCGUGGAUAAAUUCGAAAUUGUUCUUGUGUCGCCGGAGACGUGGGAAAUUGUGCCAGAAACGAAUAUUGAUCUCGAUGAGUGGGAACACGUGAUUAGCUUGAAAAAUGUCAGUUUGGCGUACGAAGGCGCGUUGUCGGGAUUGAAGGAAUAUAUUGCUGUUGGCACAAAUUAUACUUAUAGUGAGGAUAUUACGUCACGUGGAAGGAUUUUACUGUACGACAUCAUCGAAGUCGUUCCGGAGCCUGGAAAGCCGAUGACUAAAUUCAAGUUCAAAGAAGUCCUUUCAAAAGAUCAAAAAGGUCCUGUUUCCGCCAUCACUCACGUUUUGGGAUUACUUGUUUGCGCUGUUGGACAAAAGAUUUAUUUGUUCCAACUGAAAGACAACGACAUCAGUGGCGUGGCAUUUAUCGAUGCGAAUAUUUACAUUCACGAAAUGGUUUCCGUCAAAUCGCUCAUUCUCGUCGCCGACAUGUACCAAUCCAUUAGUAUUUUACGUUUCCAAGAGGAAUACCGAACACUUUCUGUCGUUUCACGUGAUUUUAAUCGUUUAAACGUCUAUGGCAUCGAAUUUGCAGUCGAUAACAACAAUUUAGGAUUUAUUGCGACAGACGAUCAAGCGAACAUUUUGAUAUACAUGUACCAACCGGAAUCGAGAGAAUCCUUCGGUGGCCAGAAAUUAAUCAAAAAGGCGGAUUAUCAUUUGGGACAAAAAAUUAAUGCCAUGUUCCGUGUGCAGUGUGACUUCCGCGAGAUGGACGAGAACAAGAGGAAUUACAAUUACGACGGCAAACACGUGACAAUUUUCUCCACGCUCGACGGCGGCUUGGGAUAUCUCGUGCCGCUGCCCGAAAAAACCUACCGACGACUUUUCAUGUUGCAAAAUGUCUUGGUGACACACAUUCCGCAUCUCGGGGGUCUCAAUCCGAAAGCGUAUCGCACAAUUCGGACGAUGAAAAAAGGCUUGAACAAUCCCGCGAGAUGCAUCGUUGACGGGGAGCUCGUGUGGCACUUUAACAACUUGCCGGCGCACGAAAAACACGAAGUUGCGAAGAAAAUUGGCACAAAAGUCGACGAAAUUUUAGGGGAUUUGCUCGAACUCAAUAGUGUGACGUCAUUAUUUUAAGGAAUACAAAAUACCUACACUUUUAUUGUACAAUCAAUCAUUUAAGAAAACCCUAAUCGUUAGAAUAAAACCGAAUCUUAUCUCUA